CAGCUUUUCACUCUUGUCACCCUUUCACUUCGAGGAACUUUCGACAUGGCAGGAAACAACUUAAUAGAUCUUAGCUAUGAGGAGCCGCACCGUCUGGAGGAUCUUAGGAGAGUAGUCUUUCGUGACGACGCUCAGAGAACACUUAUAGGAGACGAUGAUAGGUCCACUGCGGGUUCUGUCUAUAGUCACCUUAAUCAGCGUGGCCAGCGAGACAGCACACCUGGCUCGGCAACCGGCUCGAACUUCACUGCUAAUACCGGGACUGUCUUCCAGACCGUCAAAUUUGCGAUCGACGAGGUGACUCCGAUCGAGAACCUCUUUCACAAUCUUAGAUGUGAACUCACCAAACGCGAUGAUAAGAUAAAAAGCCGCGAAGCUGAGCUAGAGAAAGUCAAAGCUGAGCUUGCCGAGUCUCAGAAAGUUGCCUUGAAGCUCAAACUCGUUGCUAACGAGGAGGCGAUCUCUGAGAACGUAGCGAAGGAAGAGAAACUAGCAAAGAUGGAGGCACUUGUCAGACAGAUGGAGCGAGCCCUCGAUGAGAAAGAUCGAGCCCUCAAGUGUGCGCACUCCAAGCAGCUCGAAGCAGAAGAUGAACUCGAAGUGGUCAACCAGGAUCUCGUUGCCCAUUCUCGUCAGAAUAACUUUUUGUCGACUGAACUUGAGCGCUCUUCCCGAGCUCUUCAGAGCGCCUCAGCCCAGACUCUAGAAAGCCAGCGUGACAUAGCAUCAUACGAAGCUGCUAUCGUAAAGUAUAAGCAGAAGCAGAUGGAACUGGAAGUCAAGAUCCAGUUCUACGCGAUGAUGUUUUCCGGUUCCGCUAACGGCAUCUCAAUAAUAAGUCAGCUUGAGGAGUCAUACCGCCAACGGAUUGAGCUGGAGAAUAAGUUACAGCAGACAGAGCAGAAUUUAAAGUUCUGUGUGGCCAAGCUAGACUUACUUAUCUGCUCGAUCAGUGCCCCAAGCAAGAGUUUGGGAACCAGGGAAGACUAUCAGAAGCUUGGCAAAGAGGGGAUGGCGUAUGUGAUGAGACCUUUGAAGCACUAA